CGCCCCUUCAUCCGGGUACUUUGGCCGUACACCGGCUAGUUAGUUAGCUAGCAAACCAGCAAAAAGGUUUAAAACGUUUUUAACUAUUCACAAUAGGUGUUUAUAGGAUGUGUCUUUAUUAAACAGUUUGUGUGCACUAACAAAUCUAUAACUCUUAGAUAUCGCGUAGAUUUACCGUUUUCUUUAUGAGGAAAUAAUUUGUAAAUAAAAGGAACCGGUUAAGUCACUUCCGCAGUUCUUUGGUAGACCAAUCAGCGCGUCGGUACAAAUUGAGUGACGUUCCCUUUAGCCAAUUACUAUAUUACGAAUUUUUGCCGGUAGCCAAUCACAAAGAGGCAUGUGGUGAAAAUAGCGUUUUGGUUUACAGAUUGAUGUCAGCGAAACUGUCCCUUAUUUGUCUUCAUCUGAAUCGGUCGAGAUGAAGAAGAAAACCUUAAUGGUGUUUGAUUUUGAUCACACGCUGGUGGACAACAACAGUGACAUGUGGGUGAUCCAAUGCACACCUGAGCAGAGCUUACCUGCCUGGCUUGAGAAUUCAUACCAGAGAGGACGCUGGACCGAGUACAUGGGUCGAGUGUUCACUUACAUCGGAGAGCAAUCUAUCCGUCCGGACGCAGUACGUGAGGUCAUGCAGACGAUCCCGUACACAGAUGGAAUGAUCGAGCUGCUGAAGUUUAUCUAUCACAACAAGAGCCACAUUGAUUGCAUUAUAGUCUCUGAUUCUAACACACUGUUCAUAGACUGGAUUUUAGAAGCUGGCGGCAUGAAGUGCGCCGUCGAUAUAGUCUUCUCAAACCCGGCCAGCGUGAACCAGCAUGGGUACAUCGAAGUCGGGGGCUUUCAUUCGCACUCCUGUGAGCGCUGUCCUGUUAACAUGUGCAAGCAGAAAGUGUUAACUGAUUUUAGAGCCAGACAGGCAGAUGUUGGGGUCCAUUACCACACCGUGUGUUAUGUAGGGGAUGGAUCGAAUGAUUUCUGUCCUAUUAAGGCUUUAAAUGAGGGGGAUAUUGCAAUGCCAAGAAAAGGAUACAGUCUGGAAAAACUGCUGGCCAAAAGCAGGAGUGAAAGUAAUGCUCCUAAAGUGCAGGUGAUGCCCUGGAACAGCGGGACUGACAUACUAAACCAGCUAAAAAUCAUCCAGCAACAGGCUGAACUAUUAUAAAACAUUAAUGAUGGGCUGCUGCAAAAACACAGCAAAGAAAGAUAAGGAUAAAAAUCAUUCAAAUAGCCUCACAUAGUCUGAUGAAUAACGUCUGAAAUGUUUACACCUUCAUUUAUGCUUUUAUUUUCUGUUUUUAUUUGAAGUGCUGAGCCGUGGGCUGUGGAUGUCACCCUUCUCUGACAAUUCCGCAGUGUAAAGGAAACUUUUACCACGAAACAUUUUAAAUACGCUUGUACAAGUUUAGUGAUUCUGGUGCUUGAAUUGUUGCUUUAUUACAGCACUUUAGAACCAUCACAGAUUUACUCUUAACACACUGAUGUUAAUGUUGUCAGGAUCUUUCUUUAGAAACUGUGUGGAAUUUAAUGUUUUUUUUUUUAUUAUUAUCACCAUGUAUAAUGAAGAGAAUAUAUAGUAUCAUGAUUAACUUUAAUAAAAUGAGAAAAAAUAACCUACAA